AUGUCGGAGCUGUCGCUGGAGGAGCUGUCGGCUCUCGCCGCCAUCUACUGCGAGCCGGACGCCUGCCAGGUGCUGGCGGUCUCAGAAACGCAUGGAAUCACGUUUAGAAUUCAAAUCAAUGUGAAAGAACAGCUGGAUACAGAUAUACUUUUAAAGCUGCUAUUUCAUUUACCAGUCAAUUAUCCAUCAGCUCUACCAGAUAUUUCUGUUGACUCAGACCAGCUUACAAGGGCCCAAUGUACAGAGGUGAAAGAGAAAUUACUUGAACAAGCAAAGAAGCAUCUUUCUGAACCCAUGGUACAUGAUCUGAUUCUUUGGAUACAGCAGCAUCUUAAAUAUGUCAUUAAGCAAUCAGCAACAGUUUGCACUGAAAAAACUACUUUAUCAAAAGGCACAAGUACACAGGAUGGUACCUGGAUGCUCCUUUUGCAUUUAGAUCACAUGAGAGCAAAGGCAAAAUACAUCAAAACUGUGGAAAAAUGGGCUUCGGAUCUAAGACUGACUGGAAGACUGAUGUUCAUGGGCAAGAUCAUAUUGAUUCUUCUCCAAGGUGACAGGAGCAACAUUAAGGAGUACUUGAUUCUUCAGAAAACUUCUAAGGUAGAUGUGGACUCAAGCGGAAAGAAAUGCAAAGAGAAAAUGAUCAGUGUACUGUGUGAGACAAAAGUAGAGUCACAGCACAAAAGGUUUCAGAUGUUUGAAGUCAAAGAGUAUUCAACGCUGGAUGAGCUACAAAAGGAAUUUGAAACUGCAGGACUCUCAACUCUUUUCUCAGAGUUUGUGCCUCCUCUCUUAAAAUAAAAUGAAAAAACCCCACUGGACUCUGACCAAAGCAGUAGUUGACUCAGGUGCUAAUGGAAGAUAAAAGGACGGAUUUGACAAACAAUGUCAAAGCUCUUCUGCAACACGUGCCAGAAGUGGCCAUCCUCUUGCAAGAUGGAGAAGGCAAUUCACACAUUAAGAAUUUAUAUUUGUUUGACAUUUAUGUAUUGAUAAUCUGUUUCAAGGAGUGUGGAGUUAAUUGAGAUGAGGGAGUGGCGAGCAUCAGAGAUUGGGAAGAAAUCAGGUUGGAAUAAUAGUAUUCUAGUUAGACUGUUUUGCAGUCCCUGUUUUUCAAUGUCUUGGCUUUUAUCUCUCGUGGUAGUGUUUUUUCAUAAUGGCCUGCUAGAAAACAUGAUUAAUUUUGCUUUGAAAGCUUAUAUGAAGAUAUUUCUAUCAAAAGCAUUGCAAACACAGAUUUGAAUAUGUGAGGACAGCAUAUACUUAAUAUCCUGUGUAUGUUCAUCUGCUAACUUUUCCUUCUCUGUUUAUGUGACUGUAAAUGUCAGACAGUUGAUUUUAAAGGAAGAGCUCAUGUCACUUGAGGCCUAAAAAAACUUCAUAGUGUCUUUUGGAAUGUUAGUUUUUAUUCUGAAAUGUAUAAAACCACCCAAGUAGAGAAUUCAAUUGAUAAAAAAGCUAAGGUAAAUCCAGUGGUGCUAGUUUCUUCAAUUAGUUUACGGCUUCCUUUCUGCACUUUAUGUUGUUUUACUGUCAGCGCAUUUUUAGAUACCUUGGUACAAACUUCUUCUGUCUCUCAAGACUCGUGUUAAGUCUGUUGUCACUUGAGAAGCUGUUAAGUUAUAACUCCCUAUUAAAAUUUCCCUACGUUGAACUUUAUGUUUUUUGAUUGGUCAGUGGCCUUGGCCAGUUUAUCAUGCUUUUAAUCAUUAGUCUGUUCUUUAGUUCAGUGUGAUGUUACAGAUUAUAUUAAUAAUUUUUACAAAUUAAGCUGUCAAGUUCUGUUUGCCUAGGGAGAACUGGAUACUUAUUUCUUAGAAUUAUUACUAUCCCCUUGUUUCUGUUUUACCUAAUGCCAUUCCCUAGCAAGACUAGAUAAAUUAUCCAGCAGUAAUGUGUUGAAGUCAUGAAUUUCUCAGUA